UUCAUACAGAAUAUUCUGUAAAUAUUCAAAACUCGUUGCAAUUAAUUGAUUAAAUAGAGAGAAACCAUUGGAAACGUAAUCAAUGAUUGAUAAUAAUUAUAACGUAAUAUUUUAAAUAUUGAAUGUAAAUAAGGAUUUUAUGCGAUAUAUCCAAAUGUUUUUUAAUAGGAAAUGGGUUGAGAGCAUAUACCCGGGCAAACGGCGCAAUGACGAGAGUCAACAAGAUCAAUUAUAUACUGUGCGACCAAAUAGCCUGUUAGGCGAACCCCAAAUACAUAACGCCUUGGAGUGCAACCGAUUUUACCAGAUUUCAAUACUUGUGGCAAUACUACUGUUGAUAUCGUUUUACUUCAUACCAUUCCCCAUAAAUCUCAUACUGUUUAUUGUAUCGUUGGUUAUAUUUCUGUCCAUCUCUUACCUGAUGUACAGUAAGUCCAGAAGCAAGACAUCGAUGAGGACGAGGCAAUGGUCUAACGCUAUCUACUCGCCCACAACCCAAACAUCCGGUGACCUAACACUGGUUGACGUGCCCUUA